GGGGAGGUGUAAUUAAGCCUAAAAAAUAUUGAAGCGCAGUACGCAUCUUCUUCCCCAGGCAAAACAUCGAGCAGUUGGAAGGCAGUCCAUAGGGUCGCACCACCGAUUCAGCUUCUCUUCCAUGUGCUUUCGUCCCUGGCAGUAUCAUAGCUGUUCCUCCAGUUUUGCAGUAAAAGAGGAAGAAAUAGAGACUGAAAAACAAACCCAACGCAUUUGACAGAAACAAAAAGAGCGUCAACCGCCGUCGUCACUGCUGCCAAAGAAAUCACAGGCAUUCACCCUCUUGUGAGCCGCUAGCCCAAACUCAAAAUCUUCAACUUAGUCGGAACUUUUUGUUCCCAAAUCGCUUCAGCUGGAUCAAAGGCUGUCUUCCCCUGUGUAUAUUUCAUAGAUGUCAUCUCUCGGGGAAGAGUACCCUGACGAUACUCUUACAUUUAUGCUUCUUGCUAUAGAACAGGCAAAGGUGGCUAUGGACUGCCUCGAAGUUCCUGUUGGCUGUGUGAUUGUUGAAGAUGGCAAGGUCAUAGCAUCUGGAAGAAAUCGAACAACUGAGACACGAAAUGCUACAAGGCAUGCAGAGAUGGAAGCCAUUGAUACCCUUCUUGAGCAGUGGAGAGAAAAGAGGCUUUCACAGUCAGAAGUUGCCAAAAUUUUUUCAAAAUGUAAACUCUAUGUUACAUGUGAACCAUGUAUAAUGUGUGCAGCGGCUUUAUCAUUCAUUGGAAUAAAGGAAGUAUUUUAUGGCUGUGGCAAUGAUAAAUUUGGCGGGUGUGGAUCAAUAUUGUCAUUGCACUCAAGUAGCUCUGAGCCACUCAUUAGUGGUGGAGCUCCAAGAGGUGAAGGAUUCAAAUGCAAUGGAGGGAUAAUGGCAUCAGAAGCAGUCUCUCUUUUUCGUAGUUUUUACGAGCAGGGAAAUCCUAAUGCUCCAAAGCCUCAUAGGCCUCUUGCUCAACAGGCAACACAAUGAACAAUGUUCAAAUAAAGUUCUGGACUUUCUUAAGGUUUGCACAAGCCUGAGCUCAAUACUUCAGGAUUUCAAAACGGAAAGCGGAUGGAAACUUUGAGAGAGGUUCAGAAAAUAUGCGUCUCUCUUCAAACUUCUCAUGGAAACAUAUGAAGAGACAUCAAACACAAGCAAAAUCUAAAGCUGCAACACUUCAUCGAAAGUUUCAACAAAGAGAAGAAUUCUUUUGUUUAAUUGAAGUACAUAUGAAGUUUACUAAAGUCCAGUUUACUCUGAAGUUAAUUUGAUAAAAUAUAAUGAUAUACAUGGUUUUACUCAAAGGACUUCCAUCACGUGUUAUUCUUCCUCUCCUUGAGAAGGUUACAUUGUGUAUACAAUAAGAAAUAUAACUAUUUUUUGUUA